AUGGCUCCGAGCUACGAGAUGGCCGCCUCCAUCCUCCUCUGCGCCGAGGACAGCAGCAGCGUCCUCGGCUUCGGCGACGAGGAGGAGACGCUGUCGGCAGCGGCGGCCGGAGCGAGGACGAGCGCGUCGCCGUACUGCGGCGGCGGCGGCGAGUCCACCGUGGACUUCCCGUUGCCGUCCGAGGAAUGCGUGGCCCGCUGGGUGACGACGGAGGCGGACCACAUGCCCAGAGAGGACUACGCCGAGCGCCUGCGCGCCGGGGGCGUGGACCUCCGCGUGCGGACCGACGCCGUCGACUGGAUUUGGAAGGUUCACGCCUACUACAGCUUCGGCCCUGUCACUGCCUGCUUGGCCGUAAACUACCUGGACCGCUUCCUAUCGCUCUACCACCUUCCCGAAGAUAAGGCUUGGAUGACGCAGUUGCUAUCGGUGGCGUGCUUGUCCCUGGCCGCCAAGAUGGAGGAGACUUCAGUGCCUCAGUCUCUCGACCUGCAGGUCGGGGACGCACGGUAUGUGUUCGAGGCGAAGACGAUCCAGAGGAUGGAGCUCCUGGUACUGAGCACGCUGAAAUGGCGGAUGCAGGCCGUCACCCCCUUCUCCUACAUCGACUACUUCCACCACCAGCUCAACGGCGGCAAUGCGCCCCCGUCGAGGCGUGCCAUCCGGCAGGCCGCGGAGCUCAUCCUCUGCAUUUCCAGAGGAACAGGGUGCCUGGAGUUCAGGCCGUCGGAGAUAGCCGCGACGGUCGCCGCCGCCGUGGCCGGAGAAGACCACCACGCCGUGGACAUCUGCUGCAACCACGUAGACAAGGAGAGGGUGCUGAGCUGCCAUGAAGCUAUUCUGGCCAUGGCGCCGAUAGGCAGUGCCACUGUGCUGCCGCUGGCACCACACAAAACAGCGACCCUGAGCUUUUCCCUGUCCGCGCCAUGGAGCCCCACCGGCGUGCUCGACGCUGGCUGCCUCAGCUGCGCCAGUGAUGGCUCAAGUACAGCGACCGCUGCGUCGUCUGAGUCGUCGCUUGAAAGCUCUGGUGGUUUCGACAGCUCCCCGGUUAGCAGCAAGAGGAGGAAGAUCAGCAGAUGA